AUGGUGGUUGUCGACAGGCUCUUUCAUCACAAACUCUACAAUCGUUACAUCAAGCGCACCUCCAAAUUCAUGGCUCACGACGAGCAGAAUCAGUGUUUAGGAAACUUUGAUUUACUCAAUAACUCUUUGUGGGGAAGAGUUUCAGAAGAGAUUGGGAAACUUAAAGAAUUGGAAGUGUUGGAUCUAGGCUACAAUAAUUUCAGUGGAUCUUUGCCAAUUAAUCUUGGCAAUAAUUUAAUUACAGCAGAAACUCGAUAUUUUUUUUCUCUCUUUUUAUAUGAUCUGACUCUGAUGAGUUGGUUUUCUUGUAGGAUCCCAAAACGGAAACUACUGCAGACAAAUGCCGACCACCAUAAGAGGAAGCCCAAAUUAUCACCAUCACCUUCACCAUCUUUGCAUUCGGCUUCACCCUCACCAUCACCUUCACCAGCUUUGCAAUCGGCUUCACCCUCACCGUCUCCAAUCCAAUCACAUAUAUCUUUGUCACCAAGCUCAUCACCAUCACCAUUAUCGUCUUCUCCAUCUAAAUCAUUUGUUCCAUCACCUUCUCUUGUAUUGACACCAAUUUCACGACCAGAAACUCCUUUACCUCCACUAAGCCAUCCUUCUUUGCCACCUUCCCCAAAUAUGAUUCCCCACAAUCACUCCAAACACAUGUACCGUGCGAUGAUCUGGUCUGGAGUAGGAGGGUCUUUUUUCUUUGUGGCUUUCGCUCUUGGUAUUUUCUUUUGUCAACGAAAUAAGGUGGUAAUGGUGGGAUCUUGGGCUACUGGGUUGAGUGGUCAGAUAAGAAAAGCAUUUGUCAUUGGUGUUCCAAAGCUGCAGAGAUCGGAACUGGUAACUUCUUGCGAAGAUUUCAGUAAUAUAAUCGGUUCAUUAUUAGACGGAACAGUUUAUAAAGGGACUUUUUGUAGUGGAGUAGAGAUAGUAGUUAUUUCUACAACAAUGAAGUCUGCUGAAGAUUGGUCUAAAUCAUUAGAGGGUCAAUUCAGAAAGAAGAUUGCGACACUUUCACGGGUAAAUCAUAAGAACUUUGUGAAUCUGAUCGGUUUUUGUGAAGAAGAGCAACCUUUCACAAGAAUGAUGGUCUUCGAAUAUGCUCCAAACGGAACAUUUUUUGAGCACCUGCACAGUAAGUUUCAUCAGUUUCAUCAGUUACUGAUCAUGUUAGGGUGUAAGACUCAAGUGCCAAAGCAGCUGAUUUUGAUGAUGACGAUGGUGGUGGUCUGUAUUACGGGGUCUCUUGGAGUAUCAGCGCUAAAUAGGGUAACUUCAGGUCAACAGGCUGUUACCUUACCCUUACCCUUACCUAUGAAUGGACAAGCUGCCAUUCCUGCUGCACUUCUUAAACAAUUGUGGUGUCGGAGCCUAUUGGAAUCCCCAAUGGACCCAGAGUAUGAUUUGGAAAUCAAAGAUGAUGUUGAGUCAGAAUGUUUCAAAUAUGGUCCAAUUCUGCAUAUCCAUUUCAGGGCUGCUGCUUCCCAAAGGCCUGGCUUGAAUGUUUGGUUGUGA